AUGUCCGGGCGUAUAGUUGUGGCCACAAUAGGCAUUGCAUACUUACUCUAUUGUAUAUUUGUUGCGAUAGUAACUUUCCUAGGGAAAAAUGUCGCGACCCUUCACUUAAAUUCAUCAUAUUACAAGCUCGCAUUUGCUGCCCUAUAUGCUGUUCUUUCACCCUUUGGUCUAUCGGGCAUACUAGGAGCAAUACACCGAAGGAAAAAUCUGAUAAAAGGCUUUCUAUGGCAGUAUUGGGUGGGCACUUUAUUAAUAAGUGGUGCCAACGCCGCAAACGUCAUAUAUACUCACGCAAAGGGAAGAGACAUAUUUCGAGAAUGUGGGAGCGAGAGGUUGUUUGAUCCUAGCGCAGUACCCGACUGCAAUGAAUUUGUACGCACUGUCCGAAAGAACGCAUUCAUUGCAGCGAUAGCUCAAGGAUCAGCGAUGAUAUUAAUAGGGUUGUUAUUGUUGAUAGUUGGAGGACGGGAGUUUAAUGAUAUCAAAAUUGACGAAGAGACAAGUAAUCUACUGGACAAGGGUCUGUUUGAAAAUAAAGAUAAACCAGAACCGUUUGGUCGAAUCGUUUCACCCGUCAAUCCACCCGAGACGGCAUAUACCACACCGACCGUUCCUUUCAGAACGCCAGCUAAUAAAAGUUCGCCUUAUGGUGCUUAUGGGCUCGACGACCGUAAAGCAAGUUUGGCCAGCACAGCCUAUGGUCUCGAGCACAAGCCAAGCAUAGCCAGCUCUACCUCAUCGUAUGGUCAGAAUGCGUAUGGAAGACGACGACCAACAAUGAACGGUGGUAGAGACAUGUACUUGACGCCCAAUCCAAUGAAUGGAGGAGCACAGCCAGCACCUGCGAGAUCGCAAGGAUUAUACAGACAACCAACAAGCAGUAGCACAUAUUCGGAUCGUACACUACAUUCUCCACCAUUACCUGAUAUACCGUACGAACGAAUCCCUACACAAACAACACGUCCUCCGUAUAUCAAACCACCGGAAAGAUCUUAUGCGAAUGAUGGACCUAGUAACUCGGCAUUACCAUAUCUAACAUAUGGGGCGCAGGGUGGACAACAACCUGCAGAUGACUAUGAUAAUUACUGGCAACCAGCAGCAGCAAAGACAUUGGCUAGUAAUGUUAAUAGAAUGAACAUGUAUUAA